AACACUCUUCCCAGUUGGUCGUCUAACCAAUACAUUUAAUACAUUAAUCGACACCUCAUAAUCACGAUGAUACUGGCGCCAUGCCGCGAGCACGCCAGAUCGUCUUUCGCAUCUUCUACAGUACCUCAUUUACAAUAGUCUUUCUCCUCCUCAUCAUUUUCAUCUGCGUCACUCCCGCCGAUGCCCUCUAUGAGUCCUACAAGCGUCAUCGCCUUCGCGAUCUCUUCCUGAUAACGGGCGAUUAUGUGGUCACCGCACUUAUCGCGUCGCUCAUCUACGCCUCCCGCAUCUAUACGAACCGUACGGUACUCAAAGAUAUUCCCAAGACGUUUAUGCCCAUCCAAAAGGAGGAUUUACCUGGUCGACGAGUACAUCGAUUGAUCCAAGAAUGUAUGGAAAGGAGUGCUGUGAUCGCAUACCAAGCGCGUCCACGUAGUAAAAGAAUUGAGCACGACACGGUCGUUGGCUACACGAGGAUGUUAGCCCUUCCCAAAUCACGAACAAGCUCGAACAAAAAUGUCGCACCGACAUGGGGAAAGAUUGAACACCCGGGGUGGUCGUCGCCCGCAGGAAAAGACCUACCUAAUCUGGAGUACUCGACGGUGAUUGAUGAGUUGAUCGACCUGAUUGAGGCAAAGGCAGUGAGUCUCGCGCCUGUUGAUCCGCUCGAGGAGGGUCCGAAUCCGAGGGUGAUUGAUGAACUUACUCGACCCGAGACAACGGGUAUGCGUCAAUAUUUUCGACAUCUGAUUGAGCUGGGUGUCGUACCGGAUAGGUCUCUUACCGUUGCAUUUCUCGCAGCCUACGAGCGAGCGCGCUAUUCACCACAGCCCGUUACCGAAGACGAAUUUCAAGCCUUAAUGCGCAUGUUUGCUGAAAUCCUUCGAAACAUGACGCCAGUGGACAUGGAAAUGCUAGACCUUGACGAUCUCGACGAGCCGUCAGACACUUCGAGCAUACAACAAACCAAUCCAACAACGUCAGCAGCCUCUACGUUCUCAGAUGGCGGCUCUGUCCGAUACCAUGGUACAAUCCCACGUCGUGUGUCAGAGGAUUCCGCUCCAUCUUUGUCGUCGCUUGAGCGUGUGUACACGGAGGGCGAGACGGAUACACACUCGCUACGCACGGCACCGACAAGAGCAACGCGUUCACGGUCCAGGCCUCAACUCAGCUCACGAAUGGUGUCUGCUACGUCAAGACGAAGUCGCAAUCCGAGCAACGCAAGCGAAUCCCUACGCUCGACCACUUCGUCGGAUUUGAGGCCACAUAGAACGAGGACGAGGUCGUCGAAUGGUAGUGUCAUUCGAUUGGCGAGGCCGGGAGAUGGGCACGAACUGCCAUAUACGAUUCAAGUUCCGCAGUGAACUAUCCUUUCGGCACUAUUUACGAGAUCACGAUUAGAGUAAUGUUUAAACUUAUUUCAUGACACUGACAUUAAGUUCGUGUCAUUCAAAGGACAAUCACUAUGUCCAACAUGUCCAAACGCCGUCGCUAUGCAAUCAUCUACCAGACUAAAACGUCAUUCAUCAUCUGCAGCAUGUCCUCGUCCUUUAAACC